AUGGAAUUUCCAGAUUUAGGCAAACAAUGUGCGAAUCCAGAUUGUAAACAAUUAGAUUAUUUGCCAAUACAAUGUCACUUUUGUAAAAUUGAUUAUUGUAAAAAUCAUUAUAAACCAAAAUAUCAUCUUUGUAAAAAUGCUCCAGAUGAAGACGGGGUAAAGGUCCCGACUUGUCCAAUUUGUAGUUCACCCAUUCCAAUUUCAAAAGGUGAAGAUCCUAACAUUAGAGGACGUAUGUGA